CGCGGGCGCGGCGGCCCCGCCCCCCGGCGGGCUACUCUCCCCGCGGGCGCCGAGCGGCGCGGCAGUGCGCGGAGCCGGCCAUGGCCACGGUGCGGGAGAAGGCGGCGGCUUUGAGCCUCAGCGCCGUCUGCAGUCCCGCCGCCAGGCCGCCGGGCUUUAGCUUGGCGCAGAAACCAUUUGGAGCAACAUAUGUCUGGAGCAGCAUUAUCAAUGCACUUCAAACUCAAGUGGAAGUGAAAAAGCGUCGCCAGAACCUGAAGUGCUAUCAUGACUGUUUCAUUGGUUCUGAUGCGGUGGAUGUUGUCUUUGCCCAUCUUCUACAGAACAAGUAUUUUGGGGAUAUUGAUAUUUCCCGUGCUAAAAUAGUGCGUGUAUGUCAAGCUCUGAUGGAUUACAAAGUAUUUGAGGCUGUUUCAACUAGGGUCUUUGGAAAAGACAAACGGUCUGUGUUUGAAGACAGUAGCAGUAGCCUCUACAGAUUCACAAAUGUCUCAAACCAGUCGGAACUUGAUAAAGAUUACCAGCAGUGUACACCACAAAGACAUGAGAAGAGCAUGUUGUUUCACUCUACUCCUGUCAAACCAGAAAACUUGGAGGACCUCUGGGAAAACCUAAGUUUAAAGCCUGCAAAUACCCCUCGAGUAAACGUUUCGGACAGUUUGUCCCGUCAAGUUAUUAACGAAGUAUGGCAAGAACAAACAAUUGCUCGUCUGCUGCAGCUUGUAGACCUUCCACUCCUUGAGUCUUUGCUUGAGCACCAUGAGAUCAGACCUCAGCUUCCACAAUCAAGGAAAGGAACUGGAUAUGUCAUCACAAGUAACUACCUAGAUAGAGAGGUUCUCAAGGCCUUCAGUGACUCACAGACAGACGAAUGGCUCUCCGCAGCAAUAGAUUGCUUGGAAUAUCUUCCAGAUCAUAUGGUGGUAGAUAUUAGCAGGAACUUGCCUGAUCAACCAGAUAAAGCAGACACAUGGAAACUACUGUUGUUUGAAAAUAUUGGUAGAUACUACAGCCAAAAAAAGGAGCCACUGUUAAGCCAUGCACCUGAAAUUCAUUCAGGGAUUGCAGAACUGUUAGUGAAUGGGAAGAUGGAGCAGUGCUUAGAAGCUGUUCAGCUCUAUUUGAAACUCCUAGACAGCCAAGUCAGGGAGGAGUUCAGAAGGCUACUGUACUUCAUGGCUGUUGCAGCACAUAAUACAGAGCUCAAACUACAGGAGGAGAACCAACUGAAAAUGUCUCAGAAUCCCGACAAGCCACAUUCAAGUGAAGAAAAAUUGAGUGGUGUGGAGGAUGGUCAAGAAGAGAGUUCGGACAACCCAGAUCGGUCUGUCAGGAAAAGAAUACGACAGAGUGCUCCAGGGUCACACAGAGAUGAUACACCCAAGUCCAGUCCUCCUCGGCCUGUGUCGAUAGAAGAGCUCAUGGAAACAGCCAAGGGAGUAACCAACAUGGCAUUGGCGCAUGAAAUCGUUGUUAAUGGAGACUUCCAGAUAAAACCAGCUGAAUUACCAGAACACAGCUUAGAAAAAAAAGUGAGAGAUAUUGUGCAUAAAGCUUUCUGGGAUUGUCUGGAAGCUCAGCUAAAGGAAGAUCCACCGACAUAUGACCAUGCAAUUAAACUAUUGGGAGAAAUUAAAGAGACCCUCCUGUCUUUCUUGUUGCCUGGCCAUACUAGGCUGAGAAGCCAGAUUACAGAAGUUCUUGAUCUGGAUUUGAUAAAACAGGAGGCAGAGAAUGGGGCCCUUGACAUUUCUAAGUUGGUUGAAUUUGUUAUUGGGAUGAUGGGGACGCUCUGUGCUCCAGCUCGAGAUGAUGAAAUUAAGAAACUGAAAGAUAUUCGUGAAAUAGUUCCUCUCUUCAGAGCAAUUUUCUCUGUAUUAGACCUAAUGAAAAUGGAUAUGGCAAACUUCGCUGUCAGUAGUAUUAGGCCAAAAUUAAUGCAGCAGUCUGCUGAAUAUGAAAGAAAGAAGUUUCAGGAGUUUCUUGAGAAACAGCCAAAUUCUUUAGACUUUGUGACAAGGUGGUUGCAAGAAGCAGCAGACGAUCUCGUAAAGCUGAGGUGUAAAAUGUUGCCUCCCCACUGUAGUGAUGACAGUGCCACUGGUGGAGCUUCUGCCUUGUCCUCCACUGCUGUACAAAACCAGGCCUAUCUGAAGCUCCUAAAGUGGGAUCAUGUAAACAGGCCUUUUCCAGAAACGGUGCUGAUGGACCAGAGCCGCUUUCAGGAAAUACAGCUGGAGCUGGAGCAGCUCGUGGUGACCGGGACUGUCCUUCUGGUCACGUUCAGUGCAGCAGGCGCGGCACUCGUUGAUGUGCCUGGAUUUGCUGAGAAAAUCAAAAGCAUUGUGAAGGUGCUGCUGGCAGGGAUGCAUCACCCCUCCUUUAACCUGCAGGAAUCCCUGGCCAGCGUGGCUGAGAAGGUGUGUGCGGAGCUCAACAGCUGCCUUUCCCAGCACGGCUUCACGCCGUUCUCAGCCGAGAGAGAGACCGUGCUCAAAGGACAAAUCCAAGCCGUGGCCAACCCGGACAACACCAUCUGCAAGCUGCUAGAUUCUCGAAUUCAAAAGUUUCUGGAGAAUUAUCUUGCAUCCAGUCACCAGAAAUUGUUACCUGCCGUUCCGGGAGGAUUAAGCCCUAUUCAAAGGGAGCUGGAAGAGAUCGCUGUCAAGUAUGUUCGUCUUGUCAACUACAACAAAAUGGUCUUCAGCCCUUACUAUGACGCAGUCCUUGGCAAAAUACUGACUAAGGAAGAGUCCCGGCUUGUAGGGAAGGCAGAAGAAUCAUAAACCCCAGUUUGUGUGCUACCGAAACGGUAUUAACUUUGUCAGCUAUUUAAAAAAUGCACCAAUGUUUGUCUAGGAAAACAGCUUUCCAUGUAAAUACUGGUUCCUUUUAAUUCACUAGUGAUGACUGAUGAGGAAAAUACAUGAGAUGCAAAAGGGGUUCUGAAGUAAAUGGUGAGAUGCAUUUUUAAUGUAAGUAUGCAACUGGGGGGGGGGGGAACGUCUUGGUAGUUUUCUGGCUGCAAUUUUAGAUUUUUGAGCAGAGGCUACGUAGGACAAGUUUAAGAACCAAACUUUGUAUUCGAGUGGCUCAUUUUAGGGCAUUUUAUUCUAAUUUACCGUGAAUUUAGUUUAAUUAAUCCAGAGCAGAUUAGCAGUGGUCCUUCCCAGAAGAGGUGAUUUGGCUUUAAAAAAGUCUUACUGUAAAGACUUAAGAAAUAAGUUAAAAUUCUAGAUAAGAGAAACAGGCAAAAAACAAAGCCAAACAGCACUUUAUUGUAACAUUAUGGUUCAUAUGGUAGGCUACUAGUUUUUUCUGCAUUUUACUGCAUUUUUAAUAGCAUUUUUUUGCUGUUUACCUGCAGAUGUUACAAAACACAUAAUAUAUAUUUUUGUAGCAAAUUUUCUGGUUAUUGGGUAACUGUCCUCUGCUAUGUACAGUACUUACCAAGGUGGCAAUCUUAUAGAUUGCGGCUGUAUUUAUCUCUUGUAAAGACUUCAGAAGGGCAGAGCUAAAACGUUUUGAUAAAAGUAGCAUUUCUUACCUUUGUUCUGCUAGUAGUUUACUCCUUUUUACAUGGAAGAACUAACCUUAAAAGUAACUCUUUGUCAUUUUGAGGAGGUGGAUUUAAAGCGUGUGGAACUUUAGGUUGAAAAUUUAACUUGUUUUUUAAAACUUAACUGGGGAUGGUUGCACGUUCAAUCAUGUCUUCAAGAAUAUCCAGGAAGUGCAGAGCACUAUCGGAAGUAUAAAUGAUUUUAAUGUACUGUGAGAAGUGAAUGAUUUAUUGUUAGUUUGAAUAUACAGGGAAUAUUUUCAGUAGAUUUUUUUCCACUUUGUAGAGGUGUUCUUCUUAAAAUAUUUGUAGGUCUUGAAUUUAAUUAGCUACAUGUUAUAUUUAACGAGUGUUCACGGAAGAGCUCAAUGAUCUUACAGCCUUAUUGCAGUUCAGACUCAGCUGGGAGGUAAGUGCGUUUGAAAGUUUCCUCUAGUUGAGCAGAACGCUGUGUUACAGUCAUCAAAACUUGAUUAUUUUAUUAAAUCAAAGUUCAUAGUUAGAAACAGUAAGUGUCCCAAGUACCAGACUAUCCAAAAUAGAAUGUGUUUUCUUCCUUAAAAAAAAAAAAAAGCUAUGUAAAAUAAAUAAAAGGGCCCUUUUAUUGCUAACAUCCGGGUUCAUUUGACUAGUCAAAUAGUCAACCGAAAUAAUAGAACUCGAUUACGAACCAGUGUUGAUGCUUCCCUUUAAACGCCAGCGUGGAUAUAGCUGCACUAUUGUCCUGUCCAACUAGAAACCAAGUAUUUUCUCAUUCAUUACAAACUCUCUUCCCCAAAGGGAAAAAAACUCACCAAAACACUGAAGUUCUGUAGGAGAUCACCAGUUCAGACACGUGUUUUUUUUUCUCUUGGCUGAAUAUACUCAGAUAGUAAGAAAAAAUCCAUCUGUGCAUCUUGCUUUGGUAACUCAAAACUGAGUAGGUUGGUCAGCCAGGAAAAAAGGUUCUGAGUAGGUUUUUGGUGGGGUCUGUUUGACGACUCAGCAGAGGAUACAACAGGGGCCUGAUCGCUGCGGCUGCUGACUGUGCGUUGCGAUUAGCGCAGGAUCCGCCUCAAAACACAGCUGGUAGCUCUGCAGCUCCAAAUACUUCGUUCAGCAGUCUGCGUAAGGAAAGAGCUACCAGAAAUGUUAUCGCUAGAGAAAAAAUAAAUAACCAAGACUAAGCUGUUUUCAUUUUUGUUAAAUGAGUUGCGGAAGUUAUAAAUUGCUGCUGUUAUUUUAUAUUUUAGCAUUGCCUAGAAGCUGCCUUUAAAGGCCCCUGCGAGUUAUGCAUACUACAAAAAAUGUAGGGGGUGAUCUCAAGGAUGUGGGGAAGAACAACAGCAGGGUGAAACAUACUCCGAAAAGCCUUUGAAAAGUAAGCAAGCGACUGAUGCCAGAAGGAAAGGGGCUGCGGUAUCGCUAGAUAAAGUCGCACUCACUUGAUCCUUGAUCUCGGGGAGGGCUGCUCCCGGUUCCGGAAUUCAGCGUCCAGAUAUCCCUGGCUGCCACCUCCUGUUUCUCGGCCAGCGGAGCGUGGACUGUGCGCAUACACGUGCGUAUUUGCUCCCGGGGUCGGUGCAGCGAGUCCCAUCUCUCCUCACAGUGUGGGUCUGAUCCUGCGCUUCCACAUACAAAAAGGCGCAGCACCCACGUGUGGCUGCUCUCAGCUUGGGGGGCACACGCAGGAAAGAGCUAAAGAGACUGAGAUAAACGCCCUCGAGUACAAAUCGCAUUAGUGAUUUUCCCAUGUUGGUUGUUUUUAACAGUAGAGGUUGACAAAUAGUUUCUCUACAUCCUCUUUAAGAGACAGGGAGAUACUAUUAAGUGACAAAGUCCUUGUGGUCUUUCCAGAGUGCAAUUCUGAACAGUCAGUUACAAGUUAAAAUCUAAUGUAUGCAUAGAAACUGCUGGGCAAGUUCAUAUGGUGCUUUCGUUAGCGUGUUUGAAAAUAACAGGUUAAAGUAUGUAGCUCAUAUAUUAUAUUUAGCUUUGUGCAUUAUUAAGUGAAGACCAACGCAGUUAUCCAGGAACAGGUUGUGUCAGCUCGUCCUCCUGAACAAUCCACCCCAGAAAUAUGUACCCAGUUUGUCUUAUGAUGCUGUUGUCUUUAAACAGUCAUGGAAUUAAAUGCAAAAGUGUACUGUAUCCUCUAGAAAAAUGGAAGAAAAGCUAAUUCUAAUAUGUAUGCUCUGAUCAAUUUCCUCUGAUGGUCUUAUUUAACAUCGCUUUUCCAGUGGCUGAGUAAUAUUUAAGAAGUAACUUGUGUUUGAAUAAAACCAGAAUGAGGCAUGA